CCACAACGCACACUCGCACUCACUUUUACCCCCCCUCCCCCCCCGGCCCCGCCCCCUGCCUGGUGUAGAUCAUGCCGCCAGUGGCGGCCCUGACUGCCGAGGAAACGGUAGCUUAGGGCAGUUGGCUGUUAAGUGACACUGAUUCUUCCCGCCCCGCCUGACUCCCGAGAAGGAGGCUAGCCCCCCGCUGCGUGAGGGGGUGGGGAAGUGGGUAGUGAAUUCGGAUCUACCUGGGAGGGGGGAGUGGAAGUUCCCGCCCCGGACAGCGGCGAGGCGGCAGCCACAGUUGAUUAUGGCAGAUUCCCACAAGAGUACCACGUCAGAGACAGCGCCUCAACCUGGUUCCACAGUUCAGGGAGCUCACGUUUCUCAUAUUGCUCAACAGGUAUCAUCUUUAUCAGAAAGUGAAGAGUCCCAGGACUCAUCUGACAGCAUAGGCUCCUCACAGAAAGCCCACGGGAUCUUAGCACGGCGCCCUUCUUACAGAAAAAUUUUGAAAGACUUAUCUUCUGAAGAUACACGGGGCAGAAAAGGAGACGGAGAAAAUCCUGGAGUUUCUGCUGUCACUUCUAUGUCUGUUCCAGCUCCCAUCUAUCAGACUAGCAGCGGACAGUACAUUGCCAUUGCUCCAAAUGGAGCCUUACAGUUGGCGAGUCCAGGCACAGAUGGAGUACAGGGACUUCAGACAUUAACCAUGACAAAUUCAGGCAGUACUCAGCAAGGUACAGCUAUUCUUCAGUAUGCACAGACCUCUGAUGGACAGCAGAUACUUGUUCCCAGCAAUCAGGUUGUUGUACAGACUGCAUCAGGAGAUAUGCAGACAUACCAGAUCCGAACUACACCUUCAGCUACUUCUCUGCCACAAACUGUGGUGAUGACAUCUCCUGUGUCUCUUACCUCUCAGACAACUAAGACAGAUGACCCCCAAUUGAAAAGAGAAAUAAGGUUAAUGAAAAACAGAGAAGCUGCUCGAGAAUGUCGCAGAAAGAAGAAAGAAUAUGUGAAAUGCCUGGAAAACCGAGUUGCAGUCCUGGAAAAUCAAAAUAAAACUCUAAUAGAAGAGUUAAAAACUUUGAAGGAUCUUUAUUCCAAUAAAAGUGUUUGAUUCUUAAGAAAGAAAAUAUUUUUGUGGACUUCCAUAAAAAUUAAAUGGAUUUCUUAGUGGAGUUUUAUAAAUUAAAGGUCAAAAGUGAAGUUUUUUAUUUAGGCUUUUCCAACUCAAGGAUAACUAUCUUAUGCACGAUAUCUAGUAGCAGAGGAGAAAGUGGAAAAUGACUUCAAGGAAGCUAUGGGCACAACUGGAAGCUUUGUAGAAAUUAAACAUAUUCAAGAAGCAAGAAAUGAACUUUCAGCAGUCUAAAUUUUCUAAAUAACCAAUAGUUGCCAAUCCAAAAUGGCAGAGAAGAUGAAAUUUGAUAAACUAAAUUUUUAAAAAUAAAUUAAUUUACCCUACGGGUUUGCAUUUCUGUUUGCUGAAAUUUACCUUUUUUAGUUAUAUAUGUGUGUGUGUGGGUGCACACGCGUGCGUGCAUGCAUGUGUAUUUUAUUUCUGCCAAUACUAAUUUACAAAAGUAAGAGAAAACAUAGUACAUUACUAAAUAUAUAAAUUAUGUGUUCUGAUUAUGUAUACUUGUUCUCAUGUCAAGUCUUUUAAGUGGGUUUUUUGAAGACUGUUUAUUGGACUUGAAUGGAUUUUUGAGACUGGGUUAAUUAUUUUUGAGGUUUUAUCCUAAAAGGCAUCUAAGGUACAUGAAUGGAGUGUGGUAAUUUUAUAACAUUUUUUAUCAGAAUGGAAAGAGAACUGUUUAAAAGUUUGAUACUUUUAAAUAAUUGGUAUUUUUGCUCACUCUGGUAAUGGUGAUUUUCUACAAAUAUAUAAUAAAUUGUUUUUUUUUGAUUCUAUAUUCUGUAUGCAGUUGAAUAGCCAUUACUUAUUCUGCUGUGCUUUAAUAGAAUGGAAUGUUUACAGGCCCUUAAAAUAUUAUUUUUUAAAAACCUUCUGAAGAUGCAUACCAAAGUUUUUCCAAGACAAUUUUAUAAUCAAUUUAAUGUAGGGUUUAUCAGAUUCUAUAAUAAUAUGGUUAUUAGGGCAGUUUUAUGUUAAAGACUACUUUGUAAUGUAGUGAAUGGUACCUUUAUAAGAAAAGUGACUGCCAAUAUAUUUUUAUAGCUAAUCUUUAUAAAUUCUAAUGUUGAGUUUUUAAUGAUUAUUUUAAAUGUUUAUAUAGUUUAGUAAAAUUUGCACCUCAAAAGUAUCAUUUUUAUAUUAUGGGAAGUAAAGUUUUCAGAUUAGCUAAUAUUUGCAUUGUAAAUUUUGUAUGCAUUUUAUCUAAAAUUCAAAAAUACUGUUGGUACACUAGUGUUUAACAUCUGUAUUCCAAUUUGUAUACAGUUUGAAGUUGUACUGCAAAACUAUUGUGUGCUUCUUACACAGUAUGUAUCAUAUUGUCAUCUGUGAAAUUAAAGGACAUUUGAUAGUCUGCUGAAUGUAAAAUAUAAUGCUUGGUAUAUGAAUGAUAAUCUUGUGCUGGUGGCCAUGCUGUUAAUUAUCCUAAUGCUAUGUAGAAAUCUUCACUUAACUGAUAAAUUUGUGUUUGCCCCUCCUGAUGAAAUUUCUCAUUAAAGGGGUCUUUUAAAAUGGGA